AUGCAGCACCAGAGCCCCGGCGGGCCCUCACCGCAGCCCGAGCCUCAGCUCGCGUCGCCCGCCCCCUCGCCGUAUCCACCCGCGCCGCCGCCUCCCGACCCCACUGGAGCCGCAGAAGAUGCCGCACAACAACUCGCCCAACAACAGGCGCAACAACAAGCUCAGCAGCAACAACAGCAGCAGCAGCAGCAACAAACGUCUCCAGAGCAUAUGCAAGUCGAACAACAACUGCAGAGCCAGCCGCAACCGCAACCCAACCAGGACCACCUCGACAGGACGCCCUGCUUCGUCCCCCAACCGGACUUACAGCAGCAAUACGCGACGCCGUAUUUCAAAGAAACCAGACCGACCAGCCACAUGCUGGGGACCGGAGGAUUCCCAUUACACUACCUGAAACAGAACGGCGGAGUGCUCUCCCUCGAAGGGCCGCUCGAGCAGUACGCCGCGCCGGAGUUGCGCCACCUGCCAGACAUAGUCCAACCUGAACCGCCCAAGCCGCGAAAGCACAACCCGAAUUCCGAGCUCCGGCUCUUCAAGUGCUUGACAUGCGGGAAGGACUUCAAGCAGAAGUCAACCCUGCUGCAGCACGAGCGCAUCCACACCGACUCCAGACCUUACGGGUGCCCCGAGUGCGGCAAGCGGUUCCGGCAGCAGUCGCACCUCACGCAGCACCUCCGCAUCCACGCGAACGAGAAGCCUUACGCGUGCGUGUAUUGCCCGCGCUCGUUCCGGCAGCGCGCCAUCCUCAACCAGCACCUGCGCAUCCAUUCCGGUGAGAAGCCAUAUACGUGCGGCGAGUGCGGCAAACAUUUCCGCCAGAAGGCCAUCCUGAACCAGCACGUCCGCACACACCAAGACGUGUCGCCGCAUCUGAUAUUCAAGAACGGGACGACGCCCACGCUCUGGCCCCAGGAUGUGCCCUUCCCCGCCGAUGAGAACAAGGAAGAGAUCCAGUCGACCUUCGGCGACACCGACCAGAACGGGGAGCAACGAGGCUCCUUUUUCGGCUCCGGACUGUCUCUGCAAUACUUGAAAGGUGGCAAGCUGCCAGACGUUCUUGGCGGCCGCGCCAUGCCACUGUACGUCCGGUGUCCGAUUUGCCAAAAAGAGUUUAAGCAAAAGUCGACGCUCCUGCAACACGGUUGCAUCCACAUAGAGUCGCGGCCGUACCCGUGCCCCGAGUGCGGAAAGCGUUUCCGGCAGCAGUCGCAUCUGACGCAGCAUCUCCGCAUCCACACGAACGAGAAACCUUACGGGUGCGUGUACUGCCCUCGCUUCUUCCGUCAGCGGACCAUUCUCAACCAGCACCUCCGCAUCCACACCGGAGAGAAGCCGUACAAGUGUACGCAAUGCGGGAAAGAUUUCAGGCAGAAGGCGAUUUUGGACCAGCACACGCGGACGCAUCAGGGCGACCGGCCGUUCUGCUGCCCGAUGCCGAACUGCCGGCGGCGGUUCGCGACGGAGCCGGAGGUGAAGAAGCACAUCGACAACCACAUGAACCCGCACGCGGCGAAGGCCCGGCGCGCGGACGCGUCCAAGACGCCGCGGCCGCUGCCGCCGGCGGCCGCGGUGGUGAAGCCGGAGCUGUACUUCCCGCAGUGCUACGCGCCGCCGUUCCAGCAGUUCCCGGCGGCGGGCGUGGCGGAGUUCAAGCCGGCCGUGGGCCCGGGCGCGCCCGUGGCCUGCCUGCCGGCGCAGUGA